AUGGUGCUAAGAAUGGCGAUGCUCACUGACGAUGCCGACUAUGAUGCCGGUGAAACGUUUGAGAAUGUACCACGUCCACUGUUCAACUUUGGAAAUGAUCAUUCAGACAAUGGACUUCGGACUAGUUGCGUUCCUCUAACUCUUCUUACCAAUAUGACUAUGGUCACCGUUACUUCUCUGUUAUGCGACCGAUUCCCACCCAAGUUACAUCUAUUUCGUAACUAUCCCUCACCGCAAGAAGAGAUCCACAAUCAUCUGGCUCAGACAGGAUGGACAUCGACUCCUCUUUCCUGCACAGAUCCUGCUAUCAGCUCCGACAGGACCACAUCUUACGCUGCGAGUGUGCUUGCUUUCUUCGCUGGCUCGCCAGCCAGCGGAAGUGACCUUCCAGCGGCUAUGCGAAAUAGUCACAACCUUAUGGGUUUCGGUGAGGCAUCCAGGGGACUGAAUUUCGCCACUGGCAAUGAUUCUUGUGGUGUAAGCGGCACUGGCAGUGGAGCUGGUGGGCCGACUACUGAGUCUGAUCGCUCCGGCCAGACGUUUUUAGGAAAUGGGAUAUUUCUUCCGCCGCCCUUGAAUGAAAACCAGAGCGACACAGUGACCUGUUUAACUACGGCCCUUUAA